AUGGGGCGCCAAUUUGCUGAGGGCACUGCCACGAGACAACGAUCAGCCACACUUCAGGUGGCGUCUUUUACAGGGUCAACAAGCUUCCGAACUUGUGGUGGCGCCUCAAGGAGAAUAAGAAGGUCAUCAUCAACCACAAGGUUGAAUAACAAUGUCGACAGCAGUGGUGGAGAUAGUGACGGGUCUAAUUCUCCUUAUUGGUUUGCCAAGGUCAAGACAUCAGCGUCACCUGAAAAGACAACUCAAGCUUUGCCAAAGGAGGAUAUGCCAAAGGAGGAUACUCCCAUUGCGCCUACGCAGCAACAACCGCAGCAGGAUAAUCCCAUUCUACCGCAGCAACCUCAGCAAUCACAACAGUCAAGUCGUCCAAACUCUCCAUUCAGUCAUUCACAAGAUGCAGAUGUUGCAAGAAGACGGCCAAUUACAACUACAACUGCUGGUAGUGUAUUCAAAGUGGACGCUCCUAUCGCACCGCAACAACCACGAUCACAACAACAGCAACAACAACAACAACAACAACAACAGCAGUCAAUUCAGCCCAAUUCUCCAUUGAGUCAUUCAAGAGCCGCAGAUUCUAGUUGGACGGACAUUGCGACACCUACUUCCAAGACUCCAACGACGAGUGCUAGACAGUCUGGAACUGGCAGUGUGUUCAAAGUGGAUACCCCCAUUGCACCGCAACAACCAGAGCCACUAUUGCGACCACAGCAACAAUCACAUUGGCAGCAGCAGCAGCGGAAAUCACAGCAGUCAAUUCGCCCAAAUUCUCCAUUGCGUCAUUCAACAGGCGCAGACAAUUGGACGGAUGUGGCGACACCUACUCCUAAAACUCCAACAAGUCGACAACCGGCCUCUGGCACUGGGUUCCUGCCUAUUUUUGGUGUGGUUCCAGAAAUGGCACCACCUACACCACCGCUUCCUGCUCAAGAGAAUACAAUCCCUCGUGCCAAAGAGAAACGAGUCAUCCAACCAAAGGGCGCAUCGGAUCAAGAAAGGACAAGAACUGGACUACCUCCUCAAGAGAACCAAGCCAUACUCCCAAAAGCGAAGCGAAUCAAACCAAUGGGAGCAUCGGAUCAAGAAGCGGCAACAACUUCACCACCACCUUCUCAAGGCAGUACAAUCAGACGCGCAAAAGAGAAACGGAUCCAACCAAAGGGAGCAUCGGAUCAAGAAAGGGAUCUAUCCGAAGUCAACUAUCAGACGGAAGUCCCACCUGCUCCAGUCUCCGCCCCAGCACCAACCUUUCCACAACUGACUCCACCACUUGAAUAUGUCUCGACAACGAAUGAUGUACCACAAGCAGGGGUAGUAGUACCAAAUACUAGUACAAUCAAAGUACAAGAAAUUGACGACGAAGAUGAAGAGUACGACGACGACACUAGUGUGGCUCCCAUUAUUUUAGAGUACAUGAACAACGAUACAGAUGAAUACAUGCAAACCAUCAUCUUUCCCUUUCGAGUCGACCCGAAUGUCCGAUCCGAAGAACACAUUGGCCGACAAAAUGAUGCUCCCAUGUUCACUCCGUCCGUCAAGGCGGAUAUCUACAAGGUACUGCGAAGUCCCAACGAUCCAAAAGCAGGAGCCGAAUCACCACCAACUAGUGGCAGUAGUCCAUUUGCGGCCAUGCUACUGGCCAAACUGGACGAGGGUACCUAUGCCUUUUGCGAUCGAUCGUUGUACGAGGAUUCCAUGAAACAACAAGAAGACGCCAAGGAUGAAGCAUGGGACAAACUGGCCCAGUACACUCCCUUGGACGAUGACCAAAUGCUCAAGGCAGUGGCUUGCAUUGGACAAACCAGUCCCAACGCACUUGCCAUUACCAAAGCCUUUGAAGCUUAUUUAUCACAGAAAGCCUGGGCCUGGGGAGACUACCAGGCUUCUUGUCUAAGUGUGGAGUUUCUGAUUGCCUUUGGGAAUGAAUUGUCCACAAGACUGGACAUCAAUCACCGGAUUCGAUCUCGCAAAUUGAGUCCUGAAGAAUUGCUAAUUCUAUCGAAACCUCCAUUUUGCAACUACGUCCAACCGGACAUGAUGCGAAUCUUUCAAGACCAGUGGAAAGAAGAAGAAGAAGAAGAGGCAGAAUGA